CUGCGAAAAAGGAGUCUUUGGCACCCUUCAACCAACUCUCGCACCGUUGAUCUCAAAACGCUCAAGAUUUUCAAAGCAUAGUAAUCAUGCAGUCAGGGUCAGCUUCGGCGUCGACCGAGACUUGGGUCCUUAGAGUCAUGAGAGCCAUUGGUGGAACUCCAUCACCUGUUCUGCGCGUCCGCGGCACGCACAAGUCGACAUCAAACUCUGACGAACAGGCCGUGGAUUUCGAUCUGAGUCUCGACAGACCUACCAACAUGGUUCUGCAGGACUUGAGGCUGGGAGACAGUUCUUACCAUCCGGAUGAUCUGCACGAGUUACAGAAGCAUGUCAAAGUGUUAUGUAACGGGUCGGAAAGAAAUACAGAAAAGCAAACUAUACUCUUCCGCAUCCAGACCAAAUGUUGUUUUGUCGACGAGCCAAGCGUUCAAUCGAGCGUUACGUCGCUAUGUGAUGCAUUGCGAUACGCCGGCACGGUGAUGAUCACUAUGGCUAACAAUGAUCUGACCGUGGAUGUCGCCCUCCCUGAGGCACGGACCGAAGGACUGUAUGAUGAAAUUCAUGUCAUCGAGGUGAGAUGGGGUAUACACUGGCCCGUGACCGAUACUACUGGAGAGAACGGGGCCCAGGGUCAGUCUGAUCUUUGGCGUCGAAGGUUAGGAGACGCAAUCAUCGAUGGAGAGCGAAAUUCAAUUUCGUUGGAGACGAUGAAAAGUCCGAACGGGAAGUCUCUUCUGCGAAAUGCCAUGGCGCAGCGAAAGCUGGCCGAGCCGGUAUCUCAGCGAACGGAUGAGAAUGGCAUCAAGUGGACAGAGCUCAGGACGACUCGGUGGGGUGAGGACGAGGCAUGAGUGAUUCAAGGGGCCAAUGCAAAGGUUGACGGGCGCUUUCCUCGCCCUGACCGAAUACUAGGUAUUCCGGUACAGUGGCGCAGUGUGAUUCUCAAACUCGAGUUCGAAAUCUGCCUCACCGAGAGGUAUCCAAACAGCUUCGCCGCUCCAGCGAACGUGAAUGAUCUUCUGGCAGUAGGGAAGUAGUUUUUGGAAAGUCGCUACAGUCUUCGGGGCCUCCUCUUCAAACUUGGCAAGGAAUUGAUAUGGCCCAGCGGUGAUCAGAAUGACGUUGUUGUCA